AUGACCAAGAUCUUUACACCAGUAUCUCGACUCUGUCUGGCUGCUUUAGCCCUGUGCCUCGGUCCACUUGCAGCAUUCGCUGCACCUGCAGAAAAUAAUCUAGGUUUAAGCCGUAGGUUUGUCAGUAAGCUCAACAUUGGUCAUUACCUUGACUUUUCCCAGCCAAAAUACUGUGAUUCUCAAGUGGUUCAGUACUCUGGUUAUCUCAAUGUUGGAACAAAUGACAGCUAUUUCUUCUGGUUUUUUGAGAGCAGAACCAACCCUUCCGCUUCACCUUUAACUGUUUGGUUUAAUGGAGGCCCUGGUUGCUCUAGCAUGGUUGGUCUUUUCCAGGAACUUGGUCCUUGCCGAGUUGACUCUGAUAUCAAAGACAGUUACAACCCUUUUAGCUGGAACCAAGUCAGCAAUAUUCUCUUUCUGGAUCAGCCUGCGACUGUUGGGUUUUCUUAUGGCAGUGAUAAUGUUAAUAAAACUUCCGAUGCAGCAGCCAUUACCUACAGAUUUAUCCAAUUGUUUUACGAAGCAUUCCCUGUAUAUAGCUCUCUUCCUUUGCAUUUCUUUGGAGAGUCAUAUGCUGGUCACUAUAUCCCUAGUUAUGCCAACUAUAUUCUCGAACAAAAUAAGGCAAUUGUUGCAUCGCAUUCCUCUCGAUCAAAGAUAAUCCCUCUCGAGUCUGUUGGUAUUGGUAAUGGAUGGACAGACCCCUUGAUUCAGCACAAGUACAGUGUCACCAUGGCAUGCAACUCUUCGUAUGGGUCUGUAUUGUCGGAAUCUAACUGCACUUCUAUGGCCAAUAACUACCCUGAGUGUGCCACUUUGAUACAAAAGUGUUACGACACUGGAUCUGAUGAUGAUUGUUUUAAAGCCACUGAUUACUGCCUCUAUGAAUUACAAUAUACAUUUUUUUAUUCCGGCAAGAGUGGCUAUGAUGUCCGACUCGAAGAAGACAUUGAUAUUACAACAACUAAUUAUUUCUACUUCCUUGAUGACUCAACCGUUAAGGCUAACAUUGGUGCCAAAACUGAUUAUUCACAAUGCGCUGAAGUUCCUUCCGAGCGAUUCUAUUACUCAGGAGACAACUCUCGUAACUUUGCUCCAGAUGUGACCGAUCUCCUUAACUCUGGAGUCCGUGUUCUUAUUUACGCUGGUGAUGCGGAUUAUCUUUGCAACUGGUAUGGAAACAAGGCAUGGACUGAUGAGCUUCCCUUCAAGGGUUCCAAGAAAUAUCAGUCAAAAUCUCUCAGACCUUGGAAGGUGAAUGGAAAGGAAGUUGGACAAGUAAAAUCUGCCUCCAACCUCAGUUUCAUUCGAGUUUAUGAUGCAGGUCAUAUGGUGCCUGCUUACCAGCCCGAGGCAGCAUUGAGUAUGUUUACGACAUGGAUUAAAAGGAAGUCGUUUUAA